AAGAGAGUAGAUCCCCUCCACAGACUACCCAUGCUGACAAACACACCGUCCGAAACGCCAAAUCACCUCUGUGGACAUUAAACUCUGCAGCUCUGCCAGGAUGGAUUUCUUACACAGCGGUUACCUGGACGCGCGGUCUCCGUAUGAUAACACCUUUAAUUUUUGGAACGACUACCUCGGCCUGUCGACACUUGUCGCUAAAAACAAGAUCAACAGCCCAUCCUGCAGUCCCAACUCUAUAACCGAGUCCCUUAAAGCGACUCUGGGCUUAGAGGACGACUCCCCGGUUUGCUCCUGCGUAAUUGGGCACGGUAGGGACAGCGACGGACACUUGGACUGCUGCUGCGCGGCCCCGGGCUCCCCUCCGAUCUCCAUCUAUGAUCUCAAGGAGCGCAUCUCGCUUCUCAGGCCGUACGAGCACCUUACUGCCGACUCGCCGCUGGGAGACAGAGAUUCGCCCUCCUACAGGGGAAGCUUCUCCGGCCUCGACCUGCUCUCCAUGGACAGGAGGCGCAAACAGACUCAGAGGGGCAAGCCGGAGCCGAAGGUGUGCGUCUUCUGUCGGAAUAACGGCGCACCGGAGGAAGUUUACGGCACCCAUAUCCUGAAGACAGCGGACGGCAGAGUCCUGUGCCCCAUCCUCCGGGCGUACACCUGCCCUCUCUGCAGUGCCAACGGCGACAAUGCGCACACCAUCAAGUACUGCCCGCUUUCUAGAGAUCAGUCGAGCCAGAGAGUGGCAAAGGGAGGCAGACCAAUUGGCAAAAGGCUGAAAAUCUUCUAAAGCAAGGAGAUGAAUGAAGUUUGAGUUGCACUGUAAAUUACUAGUGUGUAUGGCAUUAUUUUUGCCCCAUUUCAUGCACAAGACAAGUCUGGAGAGAAAGAUUUUAAGAAGAUUUUAUUGAUUUUUUUUUUGUGUGUCACUGCUUCAGUUGUAAUGUUUUUUGUCUAUCUUGUAACUCUAUGGGCACAUAGUUUACAUUUGGACGCAUUGCGCGCAAUAUUUUCUCCUCCCCCAGCACUCUUAAGGACUUGGUGAUCAAAACUGAACCAAAGUACUGUACAGAUCGACCUGUGAAUGACCACCUUCAUGCUGUAAUCAGAAGUUGCUGUGUUUCAAGAAGCACAGUGCCAGUGCAAACAGCCCUGUGCAUGUCAGCAGGCAGCUCUACAGGGUUUAUGAGAUGCCAACAUAAAUUAAUAUGCAGCACUCCUGAUAUGAGAUGAAUGUUUAGUCCCAUACUUCAUUGGCCCGUGGAUGCAAGAAGUCUGACAGGCCUCGCAAGAUAUACUUCUUUUUACUGAGCACAGUUUUUUCCUGAUAUAAAUGUUUUCUACCAAAGGAAUAAUACACUUUUGUAUUGCAACUUAGCCUAAAGGUAAUUUCUGUAUUGUUUAUAUGUUGGAUGUCUUAUAUUCUUUAUGUGGUUUUAUGUGAAUAGUAUUUUGCAGAUUUCAACUGAAUGUAAAACAGUGAGAAGGUAGACCUGGCACGCAGUUCACCUACAUUCUCUUCAAGUAGCUCCAAGCUCUAUUAUUUCUCUUAACUAUUCAAAAACACAGAUGCUGAUUUGAUUGUUUUUGUUUUUUUCUGGAAAUAUAUUCCUGCAAUUCUUAUAAAUGUCUUAAAGGGGUGAACAAUUUUAGCAAUGAAAAGCCUGACAUUCCAAAGUCUUUAUCUGUCAAUAGAAAUGUUUUAUGUACUUAUUUUUACCUUAUGUAUCAUUGGGAAAUAUAUUCACUGUAAAUGACCUCUGAAUAAACAUGUAAUUUGGA